AUGGCUGACCUGAGCUUCAUCGAAGAUUCCGUGGCCUUCCCGGAGAAGGAGGAGGAUGAGGAGGAAGAGGAGGAAGGUGUGGAGUGGGGCUACGAGGAAGGUGUUGAGUGGGGCUUGGUGUUUCCGGAUGCUAACGGGGAGUACCAGUCUCCCAUUAACUUGAAUUCAAGAGAAGCUCGAUAUGACCCCUCACUGCUGGAUAUCCGCCUCUCCCCAAAUUAUGUGGUCUGCCGGGACUGUGAGGUCGCCAAUGACGGGCAUACCAUUCAGGUUAUCCUGAAGUCGAAAUCAGUUCUAUCAGGAGGUCCAUUGCCUCAAGGACAUGAAUUUGAGCUGUAUGAAGUUAGAUUUCACUGGGGAAGAGAAAACCAGCGUGGUUCUGAGCACACAGUUAAUUUCAAAGCUUUUCCCAUGGAGCUCCACCUGAUCCACUGGAACUCUACCUUGUUUGGCAGUAUUGAUGAGGCCGUGGGGAAGCCCCAUGGAAUCGCUAUCAUCGCUUUGUUUGUCCAGAUCGGAAAAGAGCACGUGGGCCUGAAGGCUGUGACUGAAAUCCUCCAGGAUAUUCAGUAUAAGGGGAAGUCCAAAACAAUACCCUGCUUUAAUCCUAACACUUUAUUACCAGACCCCUUGCUGCGUGAUUACUGGGUCUAUGAAGGCUCUCUCACCAUCCCACCCUGCAGCGAAGGUGUGACCUGGAUAUUAUUCCGAUACCCUCUGACGAUAUCCCAGCUACAGAUUGAAGAAUUUCGAAGGCUGAGGACACACGUGAAGGGGGCAGAGCUCGUGGAGGGCUGUGAUGGGAUUUUGGGAGACAAUUUUAGGCCCACUCAGCCGCUCAGUGACAGAGUCAUUAGAGCUGCGUUUCAGUAG